GGAGGAGGUCAGUGCUGCGAUGGGCUGAGCCGAGUCUGAGAGGUGGCUCGCCGGGUGGAAGUCAGGCCCCCGGGGAUCCGGCCGGUCCUAGCUGUCAGUCAGACUCCCCCGGAGCCCCCAGCUCGCCGGAAAGGGGGCGAGGCUGCGGCGGUGCGGGGAGGGGAGGGAGGGCGGAGUGGGGAAGGGGCGUCGCCCCGAUCGCCCCCGCCCUCUCCGAUGUCAUUGGGCCGACGCUGCGGGGUCCGCGCCACCUUUUCUCCAUCCCACCCGGUCCGCCCGGCUGCGCUCGUCAGGCGGCUGGUGCGGCCCGGGACGUUGACGUCACCGCCAAGUUUGCUGCCCUCGGCGCCCCACGUGUGGCGGCGGCGGCGACCGCCCGGAGGCGGCGGGGGAGCGUCUGCGAGCGCUGUGGCCGCGGCCGCUGACAGGUCCUGCGCCGCCGGGCUCCGGCACGCCGCACCCAGGUGGGGACCGAGAGCAGUUUGGAGCAGCCGGGAGCGCACAGAAAGGGCGCACGGCUUGGCGCGGGCCUCGGGCUCCCGCUCGGGCAGCGGGACUCGGUGGGACCUCGCAGCGGGGCGCUGAGGGCUUGUCCCGGCGGCCACGGUCACGAAGGAAGAGGCACUGUCGCACGCUGUCGUCUGCAUUGCACGGAGCUCCGCGGCCCCGGGGCCUGGAGUCUCUUCCCCGCGACCGAGCGAGGGAUGCGCGAUCGCUGAGCAGGGAUCCAGGCCGGGAGGCCGCUCGGGGCCGGGGCUGAGACGCGCGCCUUCGCCGCCGCCAGGACUCCCCAUUCCGGUCACUGUCGCAGAGCGCGUCCCCAAGGCUCAGGACUCGGGAGAGUCUGAGACGAUGGUUUCUUAAGCACCGCACCACGUCCCCCUCCCGCCCCCUAGACCGGAGGCAGGGAUCCCGCGCCGGGCGCCCGCGGCUACGUCUCCGCGGGGCAGCGCGCACGGCCGCAGGGACGCACGGGCGAUGCGGGCCCCCCCGCACGAGGUCGCGGCCCCCGUUGGAGUCCCGGCCUAGCAUGGCCCGCGCGCGGCCCGACGUCGCCUCCGGCUAGGAUGGCCCCUCCGGGCCCGGCCGGCGCCCACCCCACCCCGGCCGAGCCGCUGUCCCGCAGCAUCUUCCGGAAGUUCUUGCUGAUGCUCUGCUCCCUGCUCACGUCCCUUUACGUCUUCUACUGUCUGGCCGAGCGCUGCCAGACCCUGGCGGGCCCCGUGGUGCGGCCGUCGGGCGGCGGCGAGGAGGCGGGGGCCCCGGGGCGCGGCGCCCUGGCCGGAGGCCCGAGGGAGCUGGCGGUGUGGCCCGCGGCGGCGCAGAGGAAGCGGCUCCUGCAGCGGCAGCAGCGGCGGAGGCGCCGGCCGCCCGCGCCACGCGACGACGGCGAGGAGGCGGCCUGGGAAGAGGAGCCCCCCGGCCUGGCCGGAGGUCCCGGCGGCUCCGGGGCCGGGAGCAGCGCGGCCGAGGCCCCGCCGGGGACCCUGGCCCUGCUGCUGGACGAGGGCAGCAAGCAGCUGCCGCAGGCCAUCAUCAUCGGCGUGAAGAAGGGCGGCACGCGGGCCCUGCUCGAGUUCCUGCGCGUGCACCCCGACGUGCGCGCCGUGGGCGCCGAGCCCCACUUCUUCGACCGCAGCUACGACAAGGGCCUCGCCUGGUACCGGGACCUGAUGCCGAGGACCCUGGACGGGCAGAUCACCAUGGAGAAGACGCCCAGCUACUUCGUGACCCGCGAGGCGCCCGCGCGCAUCUCGGCCAUGUCCAAGGACACCAAGCUCAUCGUGGUGGUGCGCGACCCGGUGACCCGGGCCAUCUCGGACUACACGCAGACGCUGUCCAAGCGGCCCGACAUCCCCACCUUCGAGAGCCUGACGUUCAAGAACCGCACGACGGGCCUCAUCGACACGUCGUGGAGCGCCAUCCAGAUCGGCAUCUACGCCAAGCACCUGGAGCACUGGCUGCGCCACUUCCCCAUCGGCCAGAUGCUCUUCGUGAGCGGGGAGCGGCUCAUCAGCGACCCGGCCGGCGAGCUGGGCCGCGUGCAGGACUUCCUGGGCCUCAAGAGGAUCAUCACCGACAAGCACUUCUACUUCAACAAGACCAAGGGCUUCCCCUGCCUCAAGAAGGCCGAGGGCAGCAGCAAGCCCCACUGCCUGGGCAAGACCAAGGGCAGGACCCACCCGGAGAUCGACCGCGAGGUGGUCCGCCUGCUGCGCGAGUUCUACCGGCCGUUCAACUUGAAGUUCUACCAGAUGACCGGCCAGGACUUCGGCUGGGAUGGAUAACAGUAUAAUUUAAAAAGAAAAAGAAAAAUAUCAAAAUAUAAUAUAUUUUUUUACCACUCGGUAGGGAAAAGGCAGUUUAAUAUUUGUGCUGAAAAUAUUUGUUUCCAAAUUUUUUUUCCCCCCAGUGAAUGUUAAAGAGAGUGUUCUGGCCUCCGCCCGCGUCUCGCCUUCCACGUGCCGACAUUUGGACCAGCAAAAAAGGAAAACCUCACUGGUCUAAAUACUUUCAGUUUUCUACUUUUAUUUUAUGUGUUCUGUACACAGUUAUAAACCAUGAGCGUUGGUGGCCAUUGAGGGAAAUCCUGAGGGUAAAUCGAUCGAUCUCGGUGUCUGUCUCUGCCUCUCUGUCUCUUGUCUGUCUUUCCACAGGUCCCAGAUAAAAUGAUCUCUGCUUCUAUUUCCUCCCUUGUCACUUUUUUUUUCUUGCACCACUUUUCAAAAAGCAUUUCCCAGUUAAUAAUACUCCCAUAUUUGUACACCGCUUCCCAGUUACCAUAGAACUUUGGAAUAAAGCACCUUUUCCCGUCCUCAUCCGAGGGUGAGGUAAGCACAUAGCACAUAAAGAUUAUGAUUCCCUUUUUACAGAGAAGGCGACUGAGUCUCAGGGACGUUAAAUGACUUCUUGUAAGGCCAGAUGGUGGACCUUGGGCAAAACCCCAUCUUCUACCUGUUCCCUAUAUCCUGCCACUUGUUCCAGAGAGAAUUGGAAGUGAGGCAUGUAUCCUUUUAGAGACGGUUAGCUAGUCUGAGGACGAUCGGAGAUGGGACAGCGAGGGUUUCCUGUCGCCUUCUGAAGUUCCAGGCUAGCUUUGUGACACGCUAAGCCACAAGGAGUCACCCGUGUUCGAGGACACCGCUCAGACGUGGACAUAACGUCUUUUAAGGGCCAGUCUUAGCUUGUUGAAGUACCCUGAGAUCUAGAAAUCUUGGUUUUGUUGAGGCUGAGAGAAAUUACUGGAUCUGUGUCUGGAGAACCAGACGGACACUCACACUAGGAACAGGAAAAAAAUGGUAGGAGCAUAAGUUACCUAUGUGUGGUGUUCACUGUCCUUUUUUUUUUUUUUUUUAAAGAAAAACCC